AUGGAAAAGCACACUCUCAUGGAACUCAAUGGAAUAUUCAAAAAAACUAUACAGGAACCGCUUUCCUAUGGUACUGCAGGGUACAGAACUGACAGUGCCGCCAUUAAAGAUAUUGCAACCAGAGCAUAUCUAUUCUGUGCUGUUAGGUCUGCACAAACAAACAAGCCAAUAGGAAUGAUUUUCACUGCCUCCCAUAACCCAGCUGCAGAUAAUGGAAUUAAAUACGUGGACUAUAAUGGAAAUAUGGUUGAUUCUGAGUGCGAGGAACUAAGCAACAAAAUAGUGAAUGGUUCAGAUGAUGUGGUGGCAGAAGAGAUCUCCAAGAUAAUGGGAGUUAGAAGCACUGUUGUCAUUUCCCGGGAUACACGUGAGUCUGGACCCGAAAUGAUUAAUCUCUGUGAGAAGGCAGCCCAGGCCCUUGGCCCUGAGCAUAUGCUGGUGGAUAUGGGUGUUUUGACUACCCCGCAAAUACACUUUUUAGUGAGAGAGAUGUCAAUGCAGAAUGCAAGAAAUGAGCACAUUAAUGAAAAGAGCCUAUUUUCUGACCACCUAAAUGAAAUGCUCACCGCAUAUUACAAAAGAAUAGAAAGCUUCUCAUCUAUUGCAAAAAGAAUAUUUGGUGAAAAAGAAAAGGAAACAGUUGUACUAGACAGCUCAAAUGGUGUAGGGAAAGUCAUUUUUCCAAAGAUCCAAGAAAGAAUGUCUUCUAUAUGCAACUUGAAUCUACUGAAAAAUUCUAAGGAGUUAAAUGAAGAGUGCGGCUCUGACUAUAUUAAGAGCACAGGUGCUCUGCCUGCAGGAGUGUCUUCUUCUAGAGUGAACAACAGGAUUGAAAUUGCAACAGAAGAAGGUGUUAUUCAGGGUGAUUUGAGAAUGUGUGCGUUUGAUGGAGACGCAGACAGGAUAGUAUUUCUAAAGCCAUCCUCUGGCCGGCUUCUUGAUGGAGACAGGCUUUCUGUUCUAUUUUCUUCCUUUUUAAACCACCUGCUUGCUGUUGCGAAUAUAAAUGAAAAAAUCACAACAGUAAUAACAGAGUACACAAAUGGAGCUGCUGCAAAUGAGCUAAAGACAAAAGGGGGUGUGAAGGUGGCUGGCACGGGAGUUAAGAAUAUGCAGAAGGAGACUGGAAAGGGCAUUACUGUGUGGUUUGAAAGUAAUGGCCAUGGCACCAUAUCAUUCGCAGAGGAUGUAAUAAAGAUGCUCAAGAGUACGCUGGGAUAUGAACAGACCGAGUCUCUUCUAGACCUAUCUGCUGCAGAUCUGUCUAACACAGUGGACGAACUGCUUAUAAAGCCAUUGAAGAAUCUUUCAUGCAAAGAAGCAAGGAACACAUCGCCAUAUAAUGAGCUGUUUAUGCGGCUGAGCCAGCAGGAGGCACUACUGCUACUCUAUGCAAUGGCUGUCCUCUGCGAUCCUUUCAUAGGAGAUGCAGUUGUUAAUAUGGUGGUGAGUGAGUGCAUAUUCUAUAGCAAAUUUAUACUGCCAGAUGUUUUGCUGGAGGUAUACCAGGAUAUGCCAAAUAUCCUGACAUCCGUCCAAGGAAACCGAGAAAGACUGAAUGAACUUGUGGUGCAGGGCCUAAAAGACAAGUACCUUCCAAUUAGAAUUCAUCUGAGGGCAUCAGGCACUGAGGACAUAAUAAGAAUAUAUGCAGAAGGGGAGGAUGAAGACAGACUAAAAACAGUGGUUGAUGAGAUAAAAGAAGUGCUAAACGAGCUAUAA